ACGCGUUUUUCAAAACAUCACGAAUUGGAUGCAAUGUAACUUGAUGCGAUAUGAUACUAAUGAUACGUUAAACUCUCUCUUUCUCUCUUUCAUCCGAUAACUUAUGACAAGCAUAACAAAAUAUAUUGCGAAUGAAUCAUGUGAUCCACUAGCAUGAUUCAUUUCGAUCCGCGUGAUUUCGACUAUUUGACGUCCGUCAUAAUUUUUUAAUAAAUGGUCGUGUGUAGUCCUCGAGAGACCGAGCGUGUCGCGAGGUUUAUAUUUAGAAACACGAUUGCGAAGCGUUGGCUGUUUUUUUUUCCGGCUACGAUAUCGCGAUAGUAAUCUCAUAACCUAACACUCGCAGCGCCGAUAAUCAACCGUAUUAUCACUUGAAUAGAGUGUGGUGAAAUGUGCGCGUCGCGCAUCCACUCUGCAUCUCGUUCUCCGCGCGCGACAAAAAUAACACGCAGUGUUCCGAAACAUUUCCGUGAUUAAUGUUACUCGGUAUCAGCAAGAAAAAUUCGUAGGCGUGAAUAAAAUAUCUAUGGACGGAGCUGCAAGUACGCAUAUGCGAUUGUGUAGACUUGUUGACACCCACCGAAUUACGUAGGGCAUGGCAAGUUCAUGCUUCAGCGAUGUGGACGAAUAUGGCUUUGAACGACCACACGAUUUCGAUUAUGAAACCUACGAAGACUUUAUGUCAGCAUACCUUAAAGUUCUUGCAAAAAUGGCCAAGAAGUGGGCAAAAAUUAUUGGUGAGGGAAAGUCACUGCAGCGAAGCAUUACGAUAAAAAAGUAUGUUCGUAAAGGCAUUCCAGGAGAACAUAGAGGAUUGGUAUGGCUCGCCGUGAGCGGUGGAGAAGAUAUGAAAAAUGCAUCACCAGAUUUUUAUCAAAAGUUAUUGCAAUCUCCACAUAACAUGGAGAUUGCGGAAAUUAUAAAAACUGAUCUUCCAAGAACAUUUCCAGAUAAUAUAUUCUUUAACAAUACAGAGAAUCAACAACAUCAACUUUAUAAUGUGUUGUUGGCUUUUGCUCAUCAAAACAAAACUGUUGGUUAUUGCCAGGGUCUAAACUACAUAGCAGGAUUACUUUUGCUUGUAACAAAAAGCGAAGAGACAGCAUUUUGGUUAUUAAAAGUAUUAAUCGACAAAAUUUUGCCAGAUUAUUAUACACGUACUAUGGAUGGUCUACUUACUGAUAUUGACGUGCUCGCAGAAUUAGUAAGGAUAAAAAUGCCUGAUGUGUAUCAGCAUGUAACAAACUUAGGACUGCCUUGGGCAGUAAUCACAACAAAAUGGUUUGUGUGUUUAUUUGCCGAAGUUUUACCUAUAGAGACUACUCUACGUAUCUGGGAUUGCCUCUUUUACGAGGGUACCAAGAUUAUCUUCCGCGUUGCACUGACGCUUAUAAAAAGAAAUAGAUCUAAUCUAUUAGCCUGUCAAGAUUUUGCAACGUUAGCCGAAUGUUUCAAGGAAAUUACGAAGGAUAGCAUUGUCUUACGAUGUCACGAGUUCAUGCAAAGUAUUUUUAAAGUACCUGGAUCACUGCCUGGGGGCACAAUAGUCAAGUUAAGAACAAAAGUAACGCAACAACGUUCAGAACAAAAGCAAGAUAAGUUAGGACGAUAGUAUUCACGACCGAAUUGUCGCAUACACCGAAAUAUUCUAGUCGCUUAUUCAUUUGCAAAUUAUUUUUUGCAAAAUGAAUGCAUACAUCAAGUUGUAUCAUAUUGUUAUUGCAUAAUGAUUCUAUGCCCUUACUGUAUACAUACAGUGUUUGUUCAGCAGUUUAAGAAAUUACAAAUGACUCGUACACUCAAUUACUCUAAGUUUACUUUAGUUUAUUAUUGUACAUGUUAUAAUAAAAGAAUGUUAUCAAAUUUAA